AUCACUUCUGUUGUAGUGAAGAACUUUCUUUUCCCUUGGCACUGUAUUUGCUUUGACUAGUUGAUUUUUCACUUACUGCAUCUACAAAGCUCACCAAAAGUUCAAGCACAAACCAGAAAGAGACCGAGAAAAGAGAGAGUUUAGAAGUGAAGAUCCAGAAAAGCUUGGAACUGAGAAAUUGUUAGAGGAGACACUACUCUUUCAGGAAUUUUAAUGUUCAUAUCUCUACAUAGCAAGAGGACUGAAGAAAGAAGUUUGGUCAUUUUUUUAAAGUUUUGAAAAGGAGCAGAAAAAAGAGGUCUGAUGGAGAAUUGUGUUGAACACAACAUCCAACACAUAAUUAACAUCCCAGAAGUGAUUGAGCCUGCAGUGUGGCCAGAAUGUUGUAUCUACAAGGUACCAACCAGUCUUUUGAAGGUGAAAGUGGUGGCCUACACUCCUCUAUUGGUCUCAAUAGGCCCUGUCCACCAUAACAACGCUCAACUAGAGGAAAUGCAUGAGCAGAAACAAAGAUAUUUCCAUUUCUUCUGGGCACGCCUGAGCCAAAUGAGCAAGCUUGAUUUGCUGCACUACAAAGCCUUCCUUCAACUAGAAGAGCAAAACCUGCGCCGUUGUUACCAGAAGAAAUUCCCCGACAUCAGCAAGGACCAAUUUGUGGAGAUAAUGUUGUUGGAUGCUGUGUUCAUCAUGGAACUGUUCCUCAGACAAUCAAAAAAAUGGGAACACAAGGAGGACUACCUAGUAACACAAGGUUGUGUCGGAAAAAGUAUCCAGUGUGACUUGAUGCUGCUCGAGAACCAGCUUCCAAUGACAGUGUUGGAAAAACUGUACGAUAAAGUUGUCCCAAGCAGUGUCAAAAGCCACACCAGAUUCAUUAACCUGGCUCAUGAGUACUUUGGGGGUUAUUAUCCUCACGAACAUACCUCAGAGAACAAGUUUGAGCAAAGAAAGUGGGAGAAAUCACUGCAUUUCACUGAUCUCAUUCGAAAUUCGUAUCUCCCUAAGAACCUGAGCAUUCAGAAAAACUAUAGUCACAAGGAGUGUGUUCUAAGGACUGCAACAAAGUUGAAUGAGGCUGGGAUAAGCUUCGACAUGGUUCAUGACAGAUCCUUACUCGAUGUGAAGUUUGAGAAGAAACGAUUCUUCAGCUGGUUUCUCUGCUUGGGUUGCUUGCCAUGCUGCAAGUUGUUCAAAGCUCGGUUUCAGAUACCCCAGUUGAAAGUAGACCACACAACAGAGUGUGUUCUGAGGAACCUGAUAGCAUUUGAGCAGUGUCAUUAUCCUGAAGAACCUUACAUCUGCAACUAUGUUUCUCUGAUUGAUUCUCUUAUUCAUACCAAAGAUGAUGCAGAGUUGCUGGUUGAGAAAGAAACUAUUGUGCAUGAACUGGGAAGUGAUCAAGAAUUGGCAAAUCUGGUGAAUGAUCUCUGCAAACAUGUGGUGACAAAUUCAACGUGCUACCACCAGAUCAUGGAAGAUGUUAAUGAACACUACAACAAUGACUGGAAAUGGGCAAUGGGAACAUUGAGGUGGGUUUACUUCAGAGACCCUUGGAGAAGCAGUUCUACUAUAGUGGGUGUUGCUGUUCUAAUAUUCACUGCCUUCAACUUCUACCGUGUUACUGAUAUGCUCUUUUAGUAAAUAAUGAUAUUUUGACUA